AAGUCCAUGGCGAUGAGGAGGAACAAGGUUCACGAGUUCGAGGCCGAUGUGCCCGCCGCCGAGCUAUGGGGGCUCUACGGCACGCUCCGUGCGGCCGAGCUGCUGCCAGAGCUUCUCCCGCAGGUGCUCACCAAGAUACAGCUCGUGAGCGGCGACGGCGACGUCGGCACCAUCUUGGAGCUCACAUUUGCUCCAGGGAUCCCUGGCUUGGAGACAUACAGGGAGAAAUUCAUCAAGGUUGACAAUGAGAACUACAUCAAGGAGGCGCAGACGAUCGACGGAGACAUCCUGAAGCUCGGGUUCCUCUAUUACAUGGUCAGGUUCGAGAUCAUCGCCAAAGGACCCAGUUCUUCAGUGAUAAGAUCGACCAUUGUGUAUGAGAUAAAUGAGGAAACUCACCCCGGGCUUGAAGCUAUGAUCAGCACCGCACCUCUGGCUGCAACUGCUGAGAAAUUUGCAGGGUACCUCAAGGAGCAGAAGAUCCCUCAGAGCAGUUAAUUCUUGCAACAGCUCAGAGCAAAAGUGUACCAAUGCUGUUGUGUGUUUUCCCUGAAAAAUAAAUGACCAAUGAUCAAACAUAUUAGGAUAGUAUGUUUGAUCAUAUGAAUAUCACAUAGUUGAUAUAUAGAUAUUUCGCGGUCCAUGUACCUUAACUUUAUUAGUUUCAUGAAAAUGAAGUUGGGAGCCUUGAUGCUCCUUUUCUCGAAGAAAUGUACCUUAACUUGUUUUGGUUAAUUUAGGUUUGAUUAAAAAAGUACCACGGAUUUCAUUAUGUAUCAUCACAUACUUGGAAUUUUGGAAAAUAUUCUCACGCAUAUGCAUUUUGCAGUUAUGACCAGUUAAGCCGAAUAAACACAAGAUAUAUAUGACUCAGAUUGAUGGCAAGAUGGACUAAAUUGUAUUGUGCAAAUGAAGAAGCUGAAUCGAGAGGGGAUUAUAUCAUCCAAACAAUCACGAAGUUCUAGGUUGAUGAGUAGUUCAACACCACAUUCGAGAAGAUCUGACCAAAUGAAAAUAACAGUUGACUGUAACGAAUCAAAUCAGCCAUGAACAGAAACCAAACCUCGCCAGCCUUUGAUUCAUCUCUGCAGAACUACUACCCUCCUGCUUCUGCUGCAAGUAAAGGAGAACAUACACACAUACCAAAAGCAAGAUCAACUGCUACAAUAAGAAUAAAUCAGGACACUGAAU